GACUCCCAGGAAGCCUCGCGCUGAAUCGUCGCCUGUUAGAGGAAAGCGGCUUCUCUUCAGCGAAGCAGGCCGGAGAGUUGAAGAGCGACCUGAGGCGGGUGCCGAGGAGGAAGGCUGGCAGCUGGCCGGUCGGGGAGAGGCCUGGAGGCUUCUAGGUUUGGUUGGACAACAGCAAUCCAGCAGGAAAAUGCUUCUUGCCUAAUUUUAUUGUGGAUUUAAUUUAAUCUAUCCAGAAUGGAGUACAGGACUCAGCUGCUGAAUCCUGAGUGACUGGAUCUUUUAAUCAAAAGAUGGAGAAGAAACGUAGAAAGAAAUGAGCCUGUUUCUGGGGCUUCAUUGGAAAAGACAAUGAAGGCACGGCUUUUAUUUAUCUUGGACAAAAACUUAAGACUUAGCACUUAAAAAGACGGUUUUCUGAAAGGAAAAAAAAGAAAAAAAGAAGAAGGAAAGUGAGACCUGAUCCAUGGCAAAGCAACAUAUUAAUUAAUUGAAUCCAUGCCAUUUGGGAGAUGAAACCGCAUCCGUUCAGGACCAUGAGGCUUGCAAACACCUGGUUGUUUUUGGCUGCAAUCUUACUGUGUGGCAAACAGUACCUGACAACCAAACCUGGCAAUUCUUCUCAUGACAGUCACCUGUGUCCUGAAUGCUCUCGUCUGACCCUGAAAGUGGAGUUCUCUUCUACAGUCGUGGAGCAUGAAUAUAUUGUGGCUUUCAAUGGCUACUUUUCAGCCCAAGCAAGAAGCAAAUUUAUUUCAAGGGCACUGAGAAGCAGCGAAAUUGAGAACUGGAGGAUCAUGCCCCGUAACAACCCAGCCAGUGACUAUCCCAGUGAUUUUGAGGUGAUCCAGAUCAACGAGAAGCAGAAAGAUGGCGUGCAGACUCUUGAAGACCAUCCCAAUAUCAAACGAGUUACCCCCCAAAGAAAGGUCUUUCGCUCACUCAAGUACUCUGAAACGGAUCCGGCGUUCCCCUGCAAUGAUACCAGAUGGACACAAAAAUGGCAGUCAUCUCGGCCUCUGAGAAGAGCAAGUUUGUCUUUGGGUUCUGGAUUUUGGCAUGCGACAGGCAGGCAUUCGAGCAGGCGCUUGCUGAGAGCAAUACCACGACAAGUUGCUCAGACACUUCAAGCAGAUGUCCUCUGGCAAAUGGGCUUCACAGGAGCUGGGGUGAAAGUGGCUGUCUUUGACACUGGGCUGAGCGAGAAACAUCCUCACUUCAAAAAUGUAAAAGAGAGAACAAACUGGACAAAUGAGAGAACAUUGGAUGACGGUUUGGGUCAUGGAACUUUUGUAGCAGGUGUGAUCGCAAGUAUGAGAGAAUGCCAAGGUUUUGCUCCUGACUCAGAGCUGCACAUAUUUCGCGUUUUCACCAACAAUCAGGUCUCAUACACCUCUUGGUUUCUGGAUGCCUUUAACUAUGCCAUUUUGAAGAAAAUAGAUGUAUUAAACCUUAGUAUUGGAGGGCCCGACUUCAUGGACCACCCCUUUGUUGACAAGGUGUGGGAACUGACAGCCAACAAUGUGAUCAUGGUUUCUGCUAUUGGGAACGACGGCCCUUUAUAUGGCACGCUCAAUAAUCCUGCUGACCAAAUGGAUGUGAUUGGUGUGGGCGGCAUUGACUUUGAGGAUAACAUUGCCCGGUUCUCAUCAAGGGGAAUGACCACCUGGGAACUGCCGGGAGGUUAUGGCAGAGUUAAGCCAGACAUCGUGACCUAUGGCUCUGGAGUGAGAGGUUCUGGCAUGAAAGGCGGGUGCCGUUCACUCUCUGGUACCAGCGUGGCCUCCCCUGUGGUGGCUGGGGCAGUCACACUUCUGGUGAGCACAGUUCAGAAGCGUGAAAUGGUGAACCCGGCUAGCAUGAAACAGGCCCUGAUUGCCUCGGCCCGCCGGCUUCCGGGAGUCAACAUGUUUGAGCAAGGCCAUGGCAAACUGGACCUUCUCAGAGCCUAUCAGAUUCUCAACAGUUACAAACCACAGGCCAGUUUGAGUCCAAGCUACAUCGACUUGACGGAAUGCCCUUACAUGUGGCCUUACUGCUCCCAGCCUAUUUACUAUGGAGGCAUGCCAACCAUUGUGAACGUUACUAUCCUUAAUGGAAUGGGAGUCACCGGCAGAAUUGUGGAUAAGCCUGAAUGGCAGCCAUAUUUGCCCCAGAACGGAGAUUACAUCGAGGUGGCUUUCUCCUACUCCUCGGUCCUGUGGCCCUGGUCGGGAUACCUUGCCAUUUCCAUCUCCGUUGCAAAGAAAGCGGCUUCUUGGGAAGGCAUUGCGCAUGGACACGUCAUGAUCACCAUCUCCUCUCCAUCAGAAAAUGAGUCAAAAGCUGGCGUUGAACAGACUUCCACCGUGAAACUCCCCAUCAAAGUGAAGGUGAUCCCGACUCCCCCUCGCAGCAAGCGCGUCCUGUGGGAUCAAUAUCACAAUCUCCGCUACCCGCCGGGAUAUUUCCCGAGGGAUAAUUUAAGGAUGAAGAAUGACCCCUUAGACUGGAAUGGUGAUCACAUCCACACCAACUUCAGGGAUAUGUACCAACACCUGAGAAGCAUGGGGUAUUUUGUUGAAGUCCUGGGUUCACCGUUUACCUGUUUCGAUGCUAGUCAGUAUGGGACCCUGCUAAUGGUGGACAGCGAAGAAGAGUAUUUUCCCGAAGAGAUCACUAAACUGAGGAGGGAUGUGGACAAUGGUCUGUCUCUCAUAGUAUUCAGCGAUUGGUACAACACUUCGGUGAUGAGGAAAGUCAAAUUUUACGAUGAAAACACAAGGCAAUGGUGGAUGCCUGAUACCGGGGGAGCCAAUAUUCCGGCCUUGAACGAUCUUCUCUCCGUCUGGGGCAUGGCUUUCAGUGAUGGGCUUUACGAAGGGGAUUUUACCAUGGCGAGCCAUGAAAGUAAGUAAAAAGAAGGAUGCAGUAUUGCGAAGUUUCCAGAAGAUGGCAUUGUAAUUGCGCAGACUUUUAAGGAUCAAGGUACAGAAUGCCUGCAUUUCAUUUUAUGUCCUUCUAGGUGCAGGUCCUUGCAGGUCUGGGCACUUUGGGCCUAUGUGCCCAGGCCUGCCAGGGCCUGCAGGCGAACCCUGAGUAAGGAGCAUUCCUUACUUGGUGCUUGGGUGCAGGUCCUUGCAGGCUUGGGCGCUUUGGGCUUAUGCACCCAGGUCUACCAGGGCCUACACCUGAGCACCAAGUGCAGGUCCUUGCAGGUCUGGGCACUUUGGGCCUAUGUGCCCAGGCCUGCCAGGGCCUGCAGGCGAACCCUGAGUAAGGAGCAUUCCUUACUUGGUGCUUGGGUGCAGGUCCUUGCAGGCUUGGGCGCUUUGGGCUUAUGCACCCAGGUCUACCAGGGCCUGCAUCUGAGCGCCAAUAAUUCUAAAUCCUUUUGGCCUAAAUCCUUAGAUUGCUUUUGGCUGCUUGAUGCUCUCCUUCAAUACACAUCCUACGGCGUGAUGCCUCCGAGUCUCAGCCAUUCGGAAAACAGACAACGGCCUCCGACGGGGGCAGGCUAUACUCUUCCGGAGCGAAUGGAAGGUAACCAUCUUCACCGAUACUCCAAGGUCCUCGAGGCUCACCUGCGAGACCCCAAGCCCCGCUCCCUUCCGGCGUGUCCUCACCUGUCCUGGGCAAAACCACAGCCUCUGAAUGAAACCGCGCCCAGGUUGUCAUUUUUCUCAUGUCUCUUCCUUUCCCUUCUUUUCCCCAAUGCAGGGAUCAUGCCUGGACGCUACAACCAGGACGUGGGCGGGACCAUCCCCGUCUUUGCCUUCCUCGGAGCCAUGGUGGUCCUGGCCUUCUUUGUGGUGCAGAUCAAAUCGAAGAGCCGGCCGAAGAGGCGCAAACCCCGCGUGAAGCGGCCCCAGAUCAUCCAACAGAGCCACCCACCCAAAACGCCGUCUGUUUGACCGCCGUUGACUUCUUCACAUUGACUGUUAAUGAAGACUGGCUGCGGCUGGCGUUUGGUGACUCCUGCACACAACUUCCUUUUUGUUUUCCGACCCCCGAAUUACUCAGCGAAUCAUGCAUCUCCAAAUAAGGACAACCGUUUGUGUUUUCCCAGUAGCUGAACUCACCAAAGGCUCUCGAGCACUAUAUUUUUUAAAAAUAGACAGAAUGGAUUGCUUGCUCUUUCUCCCCGAAAGGGAUGGAAAAAGAGCUCUUUUUUAAAAUUCUAAAACUGACCAAAACCUUUCAUUAGGGGCUAUUUUCUAUAUUUAUUUUAGAAGAGACUGAAAGGCGAUCGCAGAACUUUUUUUUUCCUGAACGGAACGCUAUUAUUGCUGCGUCUUUCACAGAGAAACUGACGCUUUGAGAUAUCCGGAAAAAGAAAAAACGAAACGAAAUCAUGUCGGUGUAAUCCUUCCAUUUAUUUUUAUAAAGCAACUUACCAUGAUGUUGUUGGUUUUUUUUUUUUGUAAUUUUUUUCAGCAUGAUUUCACCAUUGUUGGUGGAGAAAAAAAAAUCAAUAAAUAUGUUACCUAUAUUGAAGCUGAGACAAA